GAAAAUUUACAUAACGAUCUAAACAGCGUUUCAAACUCAGCAGUAAUGAUUGUUUAAUUAGGUGAAACUCGCGAAAAUAUAAAUACUGACUAAUCUCAUUUGUUGACUACGUUGACUACCUACUAUGUAGGCAGUGAAAGUUAACAACGUACAACAGGGCGAGAAUUUGAUAAUCACGUUACUGUCUUACCAUUGUCACCCUCCUGUUGUCGUCUUAGAUAAAUGAUGUAAGUAGCUACUUCUGGGAAUAAGGUUUUAUAUUCCAGUUUGAAAUCUAUGUAUUGAGGAUACGCUGCCAGCUUUCUGUGUGAGGCUGGUGGCUUUUGUUAACUUUUUAUCGGUAAGCUUCCAUGCGUUCCUAAUUGUUCAUUAACUAGGUUAUUUGAAGAUAUUUACACCUCUCAGUGUAGUUACAAGCUUUAAAACUUGAGAUGGAAUUGCUUAACUUCCGAUGAUUUGGAAUAAUACUAUGAACAUAUCUCAAAAGUUUUCAAGACUAUUUAAAAUACUUGGAAAAUUAUCAUAUCGUCAAGUUAACACAUUAUCAGAUGAUAUAAAUCAGGUAGUUCUGUUAGGUAAAGUGACUUUUUUACAUUUGGGUGAAAGCGUUAAUGGUAAAAAUGUUUAUGCAUCUAUUGGAUUAGUAACGAAAAAUAAUUAUAUGACUGAGAAUGGAUAUUCAUCUACCUUAGCUUUUCAUAAUGUGUUUGUUUUCAAGCAAUCCUUUGUGGAUAAAGUUAAACAUUUAACUAAAGGUGAUCGAUUAUGUGUUAUUGGUCAAUUGAACUCUUAUUCUAAUCCUAAUGGUUAUUGGCGUUCUAGUGUUACAGCUGAAAUAGUGAGUCCACUUAUUGGAUUAUCAUCAGUUGAUACCAAUGAUGAUAUACAAGCUGAAAAAGUUGAAGAAGACGAAGAGAUUUUAACAGAUGAAAUGAAUGAUAAAUUUGAUGCUGAAAAAUAA